CGGGGAAGCUGUGCUCACUGCUGUAAAUUUUUAUGGUCGGCUGGAAGCUCCCCUUGAUUGUCUUCUGCUUUGUUCUAAUUCAUUGAACUUAUACUGAAAUGGGGCAGGGCAGAAGCCAGUUCACUGAGGAUGAAUUAUUGAAUUAUCAGGAUUUAACAUAUUUUACUAAAAAGGAAGUGCUGCAAGCACACAGGAAAUUUAAAGCUCUGGCCCCAGAAAAAGUAGGACACAAUAAAAAUGCAAAACUUCCCUUAGCUAAACUCUUACAUUAUCCAGAACUGAGUGUCAACCCAUUUGGAGAGCGAAUUUGUGAAAUAUUCAGCUCUAGCCAAGAUGGAGAUUGUACUUUUGAAGAUUUUUUGGAUAUGAUGUCUGUGUUUAGUGAAUCGGCUCCAAAAUCUGUAAAAGCGGAACAUGCUUUCCGUAUAUUUGACUUUGAUGGUGAUGACAUGUUGGGUGUAUCUGAUUUAAAAAAAGUCAUUAACAAACUGACUGGAGACAAUAAGCUUAAUGAAUCUGAAAUAAAUAUGUUAGUUCAAAAUAUUCUGGAAGAAGCCGAUUUGGACGAUGAUGGCUCUUUAUCAUUUGCAGAGUUUGAGCAUAUAACAGAUAUAUCAUCUGAUUUUUUAAGCACUUUCAGGAUUCGUCUAUGAGUUGCCACUACUUGAUGUUGAUUCGUUUGCUCUCUUUCUCGAAUACAACUUUCUACUCAUCAGACUCAAAUCAAUAGAACUCUACUUGCUCAACAGUGAAAGACUCACGGAUAUUUGAUGAUACUCAGAACAAUGUCUCAAUUGUAAUUUAUUUUUAAAAUUUAGAGAAUGAAAUGUGAUAAAACUACAAAUGAUAGGAAAAUGGGAUAAUUUUCAGUCUGAGACAUUAAGUAUUAUUUUUUUUGUAUGUAUUCUAGUCCUGUUCUGUUAUGGUUCAUAUAUGAAAUGAAUGUAUACAAUUUUA